AUGAAAAGGGACUUCCCCGUGUCCUUUACAGCAAGGGCCAGCCAGACUGUGGUCCUUGCCACGCCCCUGAAGCUUGUCAUCAACAUCCCCAGAGACCCCCACCUUGCGGAUCCCGCACAGGACCGACCCAGCAGCAUCGCCCAGGUGAUCCCACCUCCUUCCUCUAGCGAUGCUCCUCCUCCUGGUCCUGUCCCUGCCUUACUGCCAUUUCCCCAGGGCCUAGAGCAACACCUGGCACACACUCCGGAAGAGAAGGAGGUCAUCAGAGGCCAGUAUGGGAAGCUCACGGACGCCUACGGCUGCCUGGGGGAGCUCAGGUUGAAGUCUGGUGAUGCGUCCCUGAGCUUCCUGGUCCUGGUGACAGGCUGCACAUCUGUGGGCAGAAUCCCGGAGGCUGAGAUCUACAAAAUCACUGCCACGGACUUUUACCCUCUGCAGGAAGAGGCCAAGGAGGAGGACCGGCUCGCGGCCCUCAGGAAGAUCCUCAACUCGGGCGUUUUCUACUUCUCGUGGCCCAACGACGGGUCUCACUUUGACCUCACAGUCCGGGCACAGAAGCAGGGCGAUGACAGCUACGAGUGGGGGAACGCCUUCUUUUGGAACCAGCUGCUGCACCUGCCCCUGAGGCAGCACCAGGUGAGGUGCUGUGACUGGCUCCUGAAGGUCAUCUGCGGGGUCGUGGCCAUCCGCACGGUGUACGCCUCGCACAAGCAGGCCAAGGCCUGCCUCAUCUCCCGCAUCAGCUGCGAGCGCGCCGGUGCUCGCUUCCACACCCGCGGCGUGAACGACGAUGGCCACGUGUCCAACUUCGUGGAGACGGAGCAGACGAUCUACAUGGAUGAUGGCGUGUCCUCUUUUGUCCAGAUCAGAGGCUCGGUUCCGUUGUUUUGGGAGCAGCCAGGGCUUCAGGUUGGCUCUCAUCAUCUGAGACUCAACAGAGGCCUGGAAGCCAACGCCCCUGCCUUCGACAGACAUAUGGUACUUCUGAAGGAGCAGUAUGGGAAGCAAGUGGUCGUAAACCUGCUGGGGAACAGAGGCGGAGAGGAGGUGCUCAACAGGGCCUUCAAGAAGCUGCUCUGGGCCUCUUGCCACGCCGGUGACACGCCUAUGAUAAACUUCGACUUCCACCAGUUUGCGAAAGGCGGGAAGCUCGAGAAGUUGGAGAACCUGCUGAGGCCCCAGCUAAAGCUGCACUGGGAUGACUUCGACGUGUUCUCUAAGGGCGAGAAUGUAAGUCCACGUUUCCAGAAAGGCACUUUGCGGAUGAACUGUCUCGACUGCCUGGACCGAACCAACACAGUGCAGAGCUUCAUUGCGCUCGAGGUCCUUCACCUGCAGCUAAAGAGCCUGGGGCUGAAUUCAAAGCCCAUCGCCGACCGCUUCGUGGAGUCCUUCAAAGCCAUGUGGUCUCUGAAUGGGCACAGCCUGAGCAAGAUGUUCACGGGCAGCCGGGCCCUGGAGGGGAAGGCCAAGGUGGGGAAGCUGAAGGACGGCGCCCGGUCCGUGUCACGCACCAUCCAGUCCAACUUCUUUGACGGGGUGAAGCAGGAGGCCAUCAAGCUGCUGCUGGUUGGGGACGUCUACACAGAGGAGUCUGCGGACAAAGGAAGGAUGCUUCUGGACAACACGGCCCUGCUGGUGACUCCCAGGAUCCUGAGAGCUAUGUCGGAGCGCCAGGCGGAGUUCACCAACUUCAGGCGGAUCCGUAUUGCCAUGGGCACCUGGAACGUGAACGGAGGGAAGCAGUUCAGGAGCAACCUCCUCGGGACGGCCGAGCUGGCCGACUGGCUGCUGGACUCGCCCCAGCUUUCCGGAGCGGCCGAGCCCCAGGAUGACAGCAGCCCAGCUGACAUAUUUGCCGUGGGAUUUGAAGAGAUGGUGGAACUGAGUGCAGGGAAUAUCGUCAAUGCCAGUACCACCAACAGAAAGAUGUGGGGCGAGCAGCUUCAGAAAGCCAUCUCGCGCUCUCAUAGGUACAUCCUCUUGACUUCGGCCCAGCUGGUGGGCGUCUGCCUCUAUAUCUUUGUACGUCCAUACCACGUCCCUUUCAUCAGGGAUGUGGCCAUCGACACGGUGAAGACGGGCAUGGGAGGAAAGGCGGGGAACAAAGGAGCCGUGGGCAUCCGCUUCCAGUUCCACAGCACCAGCUUCUGCUUCGUGUGCAGCCACCUGACGGCCGGGCAGUCCCAGGUGAAGGAGAGGAACGAAGACUACAAGGAGAUCACCCAGAAGCUGAGUUUCCCCAUGGGAAGAAACAUUUUUUCUCACGACUACGUGUUCUGGUGUGGCGAUUUCAACUACCGCAUCGAUCUCACUUAUGAAGAAGUCUUCUAUUUUGUUAAGCGCCAAGACUGGAAGAAGCUUCUGGAAUUCGAUCAGCUCCAGCUACAGAAAUCCAGUGGGAAAAUUUUUAAAGACUUCCAUGAAGGCAGCAUUAAUUUUGGACCCACCUACAAGUAUGACGUUGGCUCCGCCGCCUACGACACAAGUGACAAAUGUCGCACGCCGGCCUGGACAGACAGGGUCCUGUGGUGGCGGAAGAGGCAUCCCUUUGACAGGACAGCUGGAGAACUCAACCUGCUAGACAACGACUUAGAUGCUGACACCAAAGUCAGACACCCCUGGUCUCCUGGAUCCCUCAAGUAUUAUGGCCGAGCAGAGCUACAGGCGUCUGAUCACAGACCCGUGCUGGCCAUCGUGGAGGUGGAAGUGCAAGAAGUUGACGUGGGAGCCCGGGAGAGGGUGUUCCAGGAAGUGUCCUCUUUCCAGGGCCCCCUGGACGCCACCGUCGUCGUCAACCUCCAGUCGCCAACCUCAGAGGAGAAAAACGAGUUUCCUGAGGACGUGCGCACCGAGCUCAUGCAGACCCUGGAGAACUACGGGACAAUCGUUCUUGUCAGGAUCAACCAAGGGCAGAUGCUGGUGACUUUUGCAGACAGCCACUCGGCUCUCAGCGUCCUCGAUGUGGACGGAAUGAAGGUGAAAGGCAGAGCGGUGAAGAUCCGGCCGAAGACCAAGGACUGGCUGAAAGGUCUGCAGGAGGAGAUCAUUCGGAAGCGGGAGAGCCUGGCCCCCGUGUCGCCCACCGCCAACUCCUGUUUGCUGGAGGAGAACUUUGACUUCACGAGCUUAGACUACGAGUCAGAAGGGGAUAUUCUCGAAGAGGAAGAAGAAUAUUUGGAUGAACUGAGUCAGCCUGUGGUCUCCGACAGUGAACUGGGGGGGGACGAUCCUUCCGACACCCCCAGCUCCACCGCAGUGGCUCCGCCCAGCAAGUCACCUGCUCUAACCAAAAAGAAGCAGCAUCCGACCUACAGAGAUGAUGCCGACCUGGUGGAGCUAAAGCAGGAGCUGGAAGCUGUUGGGGACCACCACCGUUCUCCAAGUAGGUCUCUGUCGGUUCCCAACAGGCCUCGGCCACCUCACCCGCCGCAGAGACCCCCCCCUCCAACAGGUUUAAUGGUGAAGAAGUCGGCCUCGGACGUGUCCAUCUCCGGCACCCAUGGGCAGUAUUCGAUUUUGCAGACGGCAAAGCUGCUGCCAGGAGCACCUCAGCAAGCGCCCAAAGCUAGGACCGGGAUAAGCAAACCUUAUAAUGUGAAGCAGAUCAAAACUACCAACGCUCAGGAGGCAGAAGCAGCAAUCCGAUGUCUCCUGGAAGCCGGAGGAGGCACCCCAGGAGAAGUCCCAAAUGUCGUGGCCCUGGGGGACCAAGGGUCCUCCAGACCAGAGCCCGUGGUGGGGGCUCCCCCGCUCCUGCCCCGCCGGCCUGCACCCAGAGUCCCUGCCAUGAAGAAGCCAACCUUCAGGAGGACCGGGAAGCCCAUGUCACCAGAAGACCAAUAUGGGCAAGAGACUGUCCACUUUACAAUCGGGCCCCCGGAAACAAGCCUGGAAACCCCUCCUUCGGUGACAGUCCCUCCUGUUCCCAAACCAAGAACGCUUCAGCCUGGGAAAGGUGCCGAGAGGAGGCCGAGCGUAGGGAAGCCAGCGCCAGACGACGCCCCUGCCGUGGCUGCGCCACCCCUUCUGGAGGUUUCGCCUCUUGUGCCCCAGGUGCCCCCGAGGAGGAAGAAGUCUGCCCCCGCCGCCUUCCACCUGCAGGUCCUGCAGACCCACAGUCAGCUCCUCCAGGACCUCGCCGGCAGCAGCCUCAGCAGCGACUGUCCUCCGGCCUACGAGCCCGAUGGGGGCGCUCUCGUUCCACAGCCAGCGAGCCCCCAGACUGGUGGCCCCAAGGAGCCAAAGCCGGAGGCGGCCUCCCUCCUGGGUGACUGUCAGGACCCCUUCUGGAGCCUUCUCCACCACCCUAACCUGUUGAACAACGCCUGGCUUUCUAAGAGCUCUGACCCGCUGGACUCGGGGACCAGGAACCUCGGAAGGGCACACGCAGCCCCACUGCAAGUCAGUGGCUCAGCUGCGGAGGAGCCGCCACAAGAGCACAGGCAAAAGGACUUGGGACACUGGGCAACUAUCAGUGACAAGGACAAGAGGAUGGUGUUGCAGGUGUUUGACCCACUGGCAAAAAACUGAGUGGGAGCCGUCGACAGCACUCCCUUGCAGCAUGUGUGCCUUCUUCCCUUAGGCAUCACCUUCCAGAGGAAAGCCCAUGGCCUCCGCCCCCGUCAAAAGAGACGUCUACUUAAAGGCACACUUCUGUCCCUCGCGUGGUUUACAACACUGUGUCUCAUGUUCAGUAAGGUUAUUAUUCGGCCGCCGAGAUACGCUUUAUUCCCGGCUCGUGCAUUUCGAGUUUCCUCUUGGGUGUCGAAAGCUCCUGUAGGAGUCAGCGUGUGCAUUUUAGACAAGGGAGUUAGCUGGUAAUGCCUAAGUUCUCUGCCGUCGAGUUUUAAAUGGUUCAAUUUAUGUGUGUAUGUGGUGUUUUUAAAUUUUGUUUGUAUUUUACAGAUUUGGAAUAAUUUUUUUUUUUUGCGCACCACCUGGAGGUUGAUACAGAAAGUAAGGAUCACACUAAAAGGUAGUUGGGACCAUUAAAAUUGGUACCUAGCCCACUAACACCAGGUUUGAGAAAUCAGAGACAGAAGCAGCAACUAGGCCAACUCAGCAACUGGGCGUCCGUUCUCUUGUGUGAGCCCUUGGUUUAUUUAUGUACAUGUAUGUUAACCUUGGUCAUGCACAGAUGGUGUCUACACUUGUUGGGUUCUGAAGCAUAUACCAUUAGCUUAAACCGAGCUUAAACCCAUUAAAGCCUCCUGCGUCCUCAGACAUGCCCCAUAACUGCUACAGUCCUGAGCCCUGGUGUACUGCUUACCCCGGUUUUUACACACUUUCUAGCCCUCUUUAAAGGAAAUCUUGUUAAUUCUUUUCUUCCCUUAUAUUCCAUACCUGGUAAAAACACAAACAUGAGAACUCCUACUGACACAUGAUACUGAUCGUCAUUGUUACAAUAUGAUGAAUAUCUGCUUUCGCCUGGUCUGUCCGGCUGUAGCUUCAGGAAAGAAAGUACCACAUGUCUCUUUAUAUAAGAAACCCCAGGGCAGCAUUUCUGGGUUUGCUUAUCUGUAUGUUUGUUAAGUUUAUUUUUUACCUACAUUUUUCCUAUACGUCUCUCAAAGCACUUAUUGCCUAUCCAAUCAUUCAGAAAGACAACACCAUACUAUAACAUUUUAAAAAUAAUGUUAUAAGGCCUGGAGUUUCAUUUGGAGCAAAUACCAUAUUUUUGCUAAUAAGAAAUUCACGGCAUAAUCUCAGUGUGUCACAUGCCCUGUGGAGGAGUCUUCCAGGUCAUAGAACCAUACAGCAAUGCAUCUGUUAUCGCUGAUGUGACCAGGAAAUUCAUACACUAAAUGCUAAUGGUUAGGAUGGCAGGGAUUGUCUUGCCCAGGGAAUAGCACUCUCUUUUUACUGAUCAGACCUCUGGGCUUUCAGAAUUAUUUCUCAUUACCACUAUCAUCAAGGUGCACUGCAGAUUAUUUAAAUAUGGCACUCAAGACAAAAACAAAACUACCACAUUGUCUCAUUUCAUCUGAAAACUGAUCAAAGAAAAAGGUAUUGCUGACCCAUUGAGAGAAUGCGUGAGUUGACCGGUCAUAAAUGACGGCGUUUCUGACCCAAGGUGUUAGGGCACCUUCUGUAGUAAGUACUUUAUAUCAUUUUUACCUCUUUAACAAACACAAGUAAACAGCCUAAUCUUUGAAAGCAUUAGAGGGAGAAAGCAAGCAGCAUGGGUAAUAGGCUUGGAGAAGUUAAAUGAUUUACAUGCAGUCACAUUGCUACAAAGGGCACAAUUGGAAAUGGAAGCAAAGAUUUCUUAAUGCAAACGCUCUUUACUCUCUAACCCCUUUUCCUACCAAAGGAGGUGAAUUUGAAAGCAGACCCACCAACAGUCAGAAGGAAGUCGGUACCACAACAGUUGCUUGCAGUGCUGGGAACAUGCCUAAUUCUCGGGUUUCUUCUUUGUUCUAGAAAGCCAAUAGCCAGUAAAUGGUACAGAGAACAAUUUCAAUUAAGAUAGGUGCUUGGCACACAAGUAGCAAGCAGCAUGGGUAAUAGAAUCGACAGUAAAUAGUAAUGCACAGAAUCGUGUUCACCUUGGGAGGCAGGUCACAAGAAAAAUGACAAGUAGUUUAGCAUGAAGAAUUGAACAAAUAUUAUUUGAUCAUGAGUGUUCAAGUUUAGUGAACAACUCAUAGAGAGGAUUUGGAGUUGAUAUGUAAGGUUCUCACACCAACUUUCUCUUUUAAAAAAAAAAGACAAUUGGAAUUGCCUUAUUUAUUUUUUAAAUCAGUGCUUAAUAGUUGUAGGUUUCCUAGGUUAGCAGCAGUCAGUUGAAUAAUCUUGAUAAUGGGCGGCUGCCAUCCUGGGGAUUUCAUUCUGCGGUUUUUGUAUUUUUAGUUUUUCUUUGAUGCCCCCAUACAGGGCUUUUUACUGUGACCUUGUCGUUUAUUUCAUUACUUUUCUGUAAGACAUUACAGUUCACUGCAGUUCUGUGUUUUAGGCAGGGUACUUUUUACAAGUCAACACAGUCUCUAUGAAUCCAAUUACUAUAUUCCCUUCUACAUCUUAAUCUCUGACUUCUUGCCUAUUUUUAAAAUUCGUUCCAGUAAAUGAUUGAAAUUAGGACUUCUGCCUAAGCAAUUCCUGUAAAAGUUUUAAAGUUGUUGAAGUUCAAGACACUUAAUACAGUUCCGCUGGCAUGUAUAAGUAUAAGCAAAGUAAUGUAUUAAAACAUUCUCUUUAUAAUGAAGUGAUUUCAUCAGAAAGGAAAGCCGUAAAAAUUAUUUAUUGACUGACCGGCAAUUAAUAAAAACCUUGUAAUGUUUAUUUGAAGUGAUCAUUUGUACUGAAAUUGUAAAAAAUACCUAUUAAAUGUUUUGUCUUUAUUUUUUAA